AGACGCGCCAUUCCAUGUCUUGGUCCGUUGCGUCAAUCCAGCUGUGGAUGUAACCUGGUGUCCUACUCUGGACUUGGGUCUUUGAAACAGAACUCUCCGUCCGAAUGUUGAGCGUGAUAUGACCACCUCCUUGGUCCUGAAUCCUCGCUGGGCGGACACGGUUAUGUUUGUGUAUGACAACAACUUGGAUGAGCUGAACAAGAACAUGGAGGGUCUGGUUGGUAGCGGCAAUUUCGCGGCCAACCAGUGCAGGAAUCUGAUGGCCCACUCCGCUCUGGGGGGUCACCCCUCUAGCCUGGUGCACAGCUCCGGUUACUCCGCGGUGGAUGUAUCGGGCUCAAGCUCCGGGGAACCAGGCAAACAGUGCACACCAUGCCCCGCGGUCCCUCAAGGCUCCUCCACAGGUCCCUUACCCUAUGGGUACUUUGGCAACGGCUAUUAUCCCUGCAGAAUGGGGCGGGGUUCGCUCAAGUCCUGCACCCAGCCCAGCGCGCUCAGCUACUCUGCGGAAAAAUACAUGGACACCCCGGUGACAUCUGAAGAAUACCCGAGCCGGGCUAAAGAAUUUGCGUUCUACCACGGGUACCCAAGCCCCUACCAGUCCAUGGCGAGCUACCUGGACGUGUCGGUGGUGCAGACUCUCGGGGCAGGAGAGCCCCGUCACGACACGCUGCUUCCAAUGGACAGCUAUCAGCCGUGGGCACUGACGAAUGGAUGGGGCGGCCAGAUGUACUGCUCAAAGGACCAGAGUCAAGCCGGACACCUUUGGAAAUCUGCGUUGGCAGAUGUAGUGGCCCACCAACACGAUGGCAACUCCUUUCGUCGCGGUAGAAAGAAAAGGAUUCCGUACACCAAGGUGCAGCUAAAGGAACUGGAGAAAGAGUAUGCCGCCAACAAAUUCAUCACGAAAGAUAAGAGGAGAAAGAUUUCAGCAGGAACCAAUUUGUCGGAAAGGCAGAUUACGAUCUGGUUUCAAAACAGGAGAGUUAAAGAGAAGAAGUUCGUGGCCAAAGUCAAGACCAGUACGCCGUAACCAGUCAGGCUUGACCUAGACGAUUUGGACGAGGGACACUGUUUUUGCUGUAUGAACAAAAAAUGAAGGAAAGAAAACGUCGAUGUGGUACCUUUUUUGGAUUGGGAUUUGGUGUGCUAUUUUGCUUGCGCAAUUGCAUCGCCAAUUCGUCUUCUGAAAAGAAGAAAUAAAACAAGAACCAAGCCCUCUAAAGACAAUGUUUUAGAGGCCUGUAAAUACAGCACUUGCCUGCUUUAAUGUAACACUUAAAUCUGCUUAACUGUUUAACUCGUGCUAUACAUGGGGGUAUAUAUAGGCUAUAUGCUAGGUAUGUCAAUGUUGUUACUGCAGUAGAAUAGGAAACGUAUUAUGCAAUCAUAUUCC